CCGGCCCCCCGCGCGGGCCCGCCGGAAGCGGAAGUCGGCUUGUGGCCCGAGUGGCUCCGUUACCUUGGAGAGCUGAAGUAGUGGGAGAUCCCGUGGCCGCGCUGUGGGCCGGAGAUCGAAACAACAUAAACAUUAGACAGUACAACUGCCUCAAAGUGCUGGGAGCACUGUAUUAAAAACAACAGAAUUUCAGGAUGACAGACGCUUCUGAAGCUGUUCCAAAUUUUGAAGAGAUGUUCGCCAGUAGAUUCACAGAAGAUGACCAAGAAUACCAGGAAUACCUGAAGCGCCCUCCUGAGUCCCCUCCGAUCGUCGAGGAGUGGACUAGCAGAGCCGCUGGGAACCAGAGAAAUAGAGGCAAUCGGUUGCAAGAUAACAGACAGUUUAGAGGUAGGGAUAGCAGACGGGGGUGGCCCAGUGACAAUCGAUCAAAUCAGUGGCAUGGACGAUCCUGGGGUAACAAUUACCCGCAGCACAGACAAGAACCUUACUACCCCCACCAGUACGGACACUAUGGUUACAACCAGCGGCCUCCCUAUGGUUACUACUGAUGGAAACAGCAGCAACUUUUAGUAAAACCAUUACUCUGUUAACAUGACAAAAGUUUGUAUCUUCUGUUGGUCAUAGUUUUACGUUUGAUUUCAGAGAGUGGAUUAUUAACUUUUUGGCACUUCUGACUUUUUUUUUUUUAAAUGAGAUCUUACCAGAGACGUUAUGGUUGCUGGGAAUAAGUAUGCCUCUAAAAAGGUUGUGGAUUUAUUACCUGACUUCUACCUCAGAUUUCUUCUUUGUUUCAUGACUUAACAGUCUUUGAACUUGCUGUGUGUUUUCUUUGUUUGACUUCCAGGAGUUCUGUCUUUGUUUUACACAGAAAUAAAAAUUUUAAAGUAGAAAAUGCCUGAUUUUACUUUUUUUUUUUUAAUGUUUAUGAGAGAGAGAGACAGAACAGGAGUGGGGGAGGGGCAGAGAAAGAGGGAGACACAGAAUCCGAAGCAGGCUCCAGGCUCUGAGCUGUCAGCACAGAGUCCAAUGCGGGGCUCAAACUCAUAAACCAUGAGAUCAUGGCCUGAGCCGAAGUCAGUCGCUUAACUGACUGAGCCACCCAGGCACUCCUGCUUGAUUUUAUUUUGUAAGAUAAGGAAGUAUCCAUUUACUCGGAUAUGCUCAUUCCGAAGUUUUUGCAGAGGUUAGUACAGUCAACUCAUGAAUGCACAGUUAUGCCUACUUGUACUGUGUUGUAUGUGACCUCAGCAGUUGAAAGGUAAAACAAUUGUAGAUACUUCUUUUGGCUUUUGUUACGACCGUGGUACUUUAUAAUUAUUCCAGGUAUGAGUCAGCUCCACAAUCAUUUUGGUCUCUUUUUAGAGGGAUGUCAGGAAUAAAGCUGUAAAAUAAGGAAGGAACUCUUCUCAGUGUCAGUGUCUUGAUCUAGUGGUGGGUGAGAUUAGGGUACACGAUCAUUUCAUACAAACUAUAAGGCUUUUUGCCAACUUAAACAGAGCAGAUGAAAACUCAUGUUAUACAAAAGUUUAGCUCUGUAAACCCUUUCUUUUCCAAUGGUAUGUAUAUAACGCUGCAUCCUGACUACUUUCAUGGUAUGUAACGUGGACCGAUUGAACAGUGUUCUAUCCACUUCCAAAUGUGCACCUUUGCUGCUUCCUCUUGUAUAAAGUGACGCUGUAACUUGCUUUUA